CUCGCGGCUUAGUCUGCAGUGCGAGAUUUCAAACACACGUAAUCAACUGUAUCGCAAACCGGACGCACCUGAUUUAUUUUACAACGAUAAACAAGUAUCCGUAUAUAAAUAACGAUAAUAGCGAGGGACCGGAAGAACCGAGUGCCGGGUGUAUAGGAAACGCGUCGAAUUCGGGGGAAAGGGACUCGUUCUUUCCUUCUUUCGUCAUUCCUUUUUCCCUCCCUUCCCAUCACCGAAAAUGAAGAUCUUAUUCGCUACCGUUGCUUUAUGCGUCGCCCUCUCUCAAGUCGAAGCUGAGUACAAAACAAAUUAUCACGUCUACGAUGACAACGAUCGGUCGAAUAUAAUGGUGGAUAAAACCGAACCCGGACACCGGAUAUUCGGUUUCGGCAACGAUUUGGAAGCCGACAUCGAUUCGUGGACAAGGGGCUUGAGCCAACAGAUAAAAGUCCUGACCAGAACGGCCGAAUCCUUUAUGGAAGACUUCAAGUCCUACGCGAUGGACAGUCUCGUACAGCUGAGAGAUGCGCUGAAAGACUACGGAUUUUAUAAUCUAGCGUCCCUCGCUGACGAGGUGAGGAAAUUCGUGCACAAGAACUUCCGAAGGUCCUUCGAUCACGAGGAACCUGUCAGGACUCGCCGGACGAAAUCGACAAAUCGGCGAGCUUAAUCGCUGCUCUGAGAAAUGUAAACGGCCGUUACAGAAAUGUGACAUCAUGCGAAAUUUUCUGCAAUUUUCCAGUCUCUUAAAACGGUUCCGUUUUUUUUUUUUUCGUUUUUUUUUGACAGAGAUUUUAUUCAACUGUUUAAUUAUUUAUAGAUAUUUAAAGUGAUUUUGAAAAGAACCUUUUCUAAAAUGAAUCUCAAAAAAUUAGGGUACCGUUUUAGCGUUGGGACAAUUGCAGAACAAAUUUCGAACGAAAUCGAAAAUGGUGCAGGUGAAACGUUGCUUUGGUUCGCACGGAAUUACCUAUAUAUACAGUAGAGUUGCGGCAAACUUUGAAAGAGAAUAAAAUGCGAAUCUGAAGAUA